AUGGUGCCAUCUAGGUAAGCUCUGCUGGGACCAGGCACAACUGCCAUUAGGUGCCCCAAGAAAUCACAGAACCAAAAUUACAAGGGCCAUGGAUUGUCAAAGGGAAAAGAGCGAGAGCAGAGAGCAUCGAUCCGGUUCAAGACCACCCUCAUGAACACACUCAUGGACGUCCUUCGCCACAGGCCAGGAUGGGUGGAAGUGAAGGACGAAGGAGAGUGGGAUUUCUACUGGUGCGACGUCAGCUGGCUCCGGGAGAACUUCGACCACACCUACAUGGACGAACACGUGCGGAUCAGUCACUUCCGGAACCACUACGAGCUGACCCGGAAGAACUAUAUGGUAAAGAACCUGAAGCGGUUCCGGAAGCAGCUGGAGCGCGAAGCGGGAAAGCUGGAGGCAGCCAAGUGCGACUUCUUCCCCAAAACCUUUGAGAUGCCUUGCGAGUACCAUCUUUUUGUGGAGGAGUUUCGCAAAAACCCAGGAAUCACCUGGAUCAUGAAGCCUGUAGCCCGGUCACAGGGGAAAGGCAUCUUCCUCUUCCGCAGGCUGAAGGACAUCAUGGACUGGAGGAAGGACACAAGAAGCUCUGAUGACCAGAAAGAUGAUAUUCCUGUGGAGAACUAUGUGGCUCAACGUUACAUUGAAAAUCCCUACCUGAUAGGAGGCCGCAAGUUUGACCUGCGUGUCUAUGUGCUGGUGAUGUCGAUGUUUGCUGAGUGCUUGCUGUGGUCUGGGCACAGGAGACAGUAUGUUCACCUCACCAACGUCGCUGUGCAAAAAACAUCUCCUGACUACCACCCAAAGAAGGGCUGCAAGUGGAUGCUGCAGCGCUUCCGGCAGUACCUGGCAUCCAAACACGGGCCCGAGGUGGUGGAGACACUCUUCAGGGACAUCGACAACAUCUUUGUCAAAAGCCUGCAGAGUGUGCAGAAGGUGAUCAUCAGUGACAAGCACUGCUUCGAGCUGUAUGGCUAUGACAUCCUCAUCGACCAGGACCUCAAGCCGUGGCUCCUGGAGGUCAAUGCGUCCCCAUCACUGACAGCCAGCAGCCAGGAAGACUAUGAGCUCAAGACCUGCCUCCUGGAAGACACCCUGCAUGUCGUGGACAUGGAAGCAAGGCUCACGGGAAGGGAGAAGCGAGUCGGGGGCUUUGACCUCAUGUGGAAUGAUGGCCCUGUUAGCAGAGAGGAGGGGGUUCCUGACCUGUCGGGAAUGGGAAACUGUGUGACCAACACACACCUCGGCUGCGUCAAUGAUCGGAAAAAACAACUGAGGCAGCUCUUCUACUCCCUUCAAGUCCAGAAGAAAGCUUCCAGUUGA